UGCGAGGAAUAACAAAUUUCUUAAUUAUUUUAUUGCGGCGUAGGACGAAGAUUUCUUUACAGUAAAAUGUAAAUUGCAAACGUUAAAGCCCUUCGGUCUUUAAUGGAAACUUCAUUGUUACCCUGUGAACGUUAUGGUAUAGUCAUUAUUACAUAUGGCAUGGAGAAAACGUGGAGAUGCAUACGAUACUCUGGACGGUUUUCGGGUUGGUGAGCUGUGUGGCGCACUAGGAGGUUUUCGGAACAGUGAGCCAUGUGAUACACUGGAUAGUUCUCGUGGUGGAAAGUGUACCUUCUUGAUUGCAAGAGAGACAGAAGAUCUCUUGUGGCUCUUGUCGUCGGGACUUUCAGCGACGUAUGUCUUGACGUUGUACUCGACACCAAGAGGUUUAGCCGUGUCUUCGUCGCCAGGUUGCAGCGUCACGGAGCAAGGGGAGUUCGGAGGGAACGUGAACUUGAAGGGGUAUGCGUUGGGGCCCAGCUUCUUCAUCAGCCGCUCCUGGCUUUGCCGUGAAACAAUGCCAUCAUUCCUCACACCAAAUCGCCAUGGUUACUCAGUACGCUUCUCGCCGUUCCAGCCAGAAAGGAUUGCUUGUGCAACAUCUCAGUAUUUUGGACUUGCUGGUGGUGGCACUUUAUUUUUGCUAGAGGUGGUCCCUGAUAAUGGUUUGGUGGAAGUUGCAUGUACGCAGUGGUCAGAUGGGCUCUUUGAUGUGGCAUGGAGUGAAACUGAUGCAAACAUCAUAGUUAGUGCGAGUGGUGAUGGUGGUCUUCAGCUUUGGAAUAUGAGCUGCCCACAGCUUCCACCCCAAACAUUCCGAGAACACAAGAAGGAGGUGUAUUCUGUUGACUGGAGUCAGACGCGACAGGAGCAGUUUGUUCUAUCAGCAUCUUGGGACUGCAGCACUAAACUGUGGGAUCCAAACCGACCUAACUCAUUGGCUACAUUUCUAGGCCACACACAGCUUGUAUACAGUGCCAUGUGGUCACCUCAUGUUCCUUCAUGCUUUGCCUCCGUAUCAGGUGAUGGAACUAUGAAAGUCUGGAACACUCACAUGCCUCAGCAUCCAUCCAUGUCACUCCGAGCCCAUGAUGCUGAAGUGCUGAGCUGUGAUUGGUGCAAAUAUGAUCAGAAUAUCCUGGCUACAGGAGGUUCAGAUGGACUCAUUCGUGGCUGGGACUUACGCAAUAUCACAAGUCCUGUGUUUGAACAGAAGGGCUGUGAGUAUGCAGUUCGCAGAGUCCGUUUCUCCCCGCACAAUCUCUCAGUUUUGGCGUCUGUGUCUUAUGACUUCACAACAAGGAUCUGGGACUUCAAGGCAUCACCAGAUCCACUGGAAACAGUGAAGCAUCAUUCUGAGUUUGUGUAUGGGCUAGAUUUUAAUGACCAUGUGGCAGGUCAGAUUGCAGACUGUGGCUGGGACUCACUGGUGCAUGUGUUUUCACCACGCUCUCUCGUGUCCCUCUCGUCUGCAUUAGCCCCACCAGUCAAGUGAUGUUCCCUUGUUGCUGCUAGUCUUUGUGUUCCUCUGAAUCGGACAUAAGGGGUAAGUGACUGGGUUGAAGUUAGGAACUGUACAGCAUGGACUGAAACCAAGUUAUUAAUCUGUUUUUAUUAACCCUUUCCCAUCCUCUGUUGGAAAACAUGCAGAAUCAUAAUUUUUCCUUACAUAUCCACUGUUGGAAGCCUUCUGCCGCCGACACCAACAAAUUUACUGCCACAUCAUCUUCAUAUGCUGAAUCUUUGCUCUGUAGGUCCUUUGACAUCUUCUCUAGUAGUUCGCAUGUAGAAAAAAGAGGUGUCAGGAGUUUUGUAUUUUUCUAAACAAAGUGUCUUCUCUUUUUUAAUUUUUUCAAAAUUAAUUUCUAGCUAGUAGGGGUGAGGGUGGAAAUGAAAAGUAAAUAAACAGACUAACUAACUAACCAUCUAAUAUCAUCUGCAAAUGCCAAAAUUUGAACUGACUU